AUGCUGCCCCAAAGCUACAAAAUAAAUCCUACCCAGCAAACUACUUCUGUGAUCAUCCAACUGCGCGCAAGACAGCUAUCCUGGUGGCGGCGGAUUUGGGGGUUCCAGGGAUUGGACAGCAUGCUGGAUGGGCAGGGUCGCUUCCUAUAUGUGAAGGGAACCAUCACAGGCAUGCUCUACACCUUUGCUAAUAUAUACCUACCUAACAAGCGACAGGCUCAGUUCCUCAGGAAGGCGCUGAACAAAUUAAGCGACUUCUCGGAGGGUACCCUAGUUCUGGGGGGAGACUUUAAUACCCCACUGGACCCCAUCAUGGACUCCUCGACAAGACAUAGCAGCAUCCCACAACUCCAUAUACGAUCCAUGAAGAGGGCUCUCGGAGACAUGGAACUUGUGGACUGCUGGAGAACCCUCCACCCCACCACCAGAGACUUUACAUACUACUCUGCAUUGCAUGAUCGAUACUCACAGAUCGACUACAUGUUCACACGACAGGUGGGCCUCCAGCGGCUGCUAUCAACCAGGUUGGACCCCGCAACAUGGUCAGAUCACGGCCCGGUAA